AUGACCGUAACGAUCAGCAACUAUGCCAUCUAUCAGGUGGAGAGUGGGGCGCAGUGCAUCCAGAUCUUUGAGUCGUGGGCCCAUUGCCUCACACCCGAGCUCUGGAGACGUUUUGCUGCGCCCUGUGUGAAACAGGUGGCGGCUACUUUGCGGCAGGCUUGUCCGGAUGUGCCGAUUAUCUACUUCGCCAACGGGGGCUCAUCCUUCUUGCAGGAUCAGGUCACAGAACUGGCUGAACACAUAGAUGUCCUUGGUGUUGACGGGCACAUGCGCUUGGAGGAGGCUGCAAAGAUCGUAGACGGCACAGGGCUCAUCCUGCAAGGGAAUGUUGAUCCCUACAUCCUGCGAUACGGCAGCGAGUCGGAAGUCCGAGAGGCAGUUCGAAAGUCGAUCGAUGCAGUGGGAGGCCCUGGAAGGCACAUCCUGAACCUCGGGCACGGAGUCCUUCAGGGUACUCCUGAGGAGAACGUCCUGUAUUUCGUAGAGGAAUCGCAGACAUACCGUGGAGCAUCAGAGGAGUACUCCUCUGCCGAGAAGGAGUUGCUGGCCGCAUAA